AUGCUCCAGCUAAGAUACAAACUUCCUGAACAAUGUGAAACUCUCCUCCGCCAUGAGACCGACCAGUCCUCUCUGAACGAUCAGUAUUUGCGCUUUCUGUCGGAGGUGCAGAAAACCGUGCUUGAUUUUUCCAAGCGUUACCGGAAACUAGUCUCCAACUUCAAUCCCAAAAGCAAGAGCAGCGAUGAAUUAACCUAUAAUGCGUGUCUUCUGGAGUCGCUCAAACCCCUGCAGGAUACUGGCGCCGCAUUUGAGCAGUACGCCAAUGAUCUUCUCAAGUCGGUCAUAGAGCCCAUGAAAAAGGCCAUAGAAAAGGAUAAGAAGCAGAUAGACAAAGUAAGCGCUGACUAUGCCAAACUGCUAAGCAAACGGGAACAUGAACGCCGAAAACUUGAUGACACCUGGAAGGCGCAUGUACUCGCCUUGAAGGAGAAGCAGAAGUACCAGCAGCUUAACACACAGGCUCAGCAAGAUAUGACCCUAUCGCGUGAAGAAUUGAAAAAGUCCGAAUCGGCCUAUAACGGCAAAGUCAAGGCCUUCAAGGACAGUCAACAGACAUAUGCUGCUGAUAUGACCAAAUACAACUCUUUCCAACGCCACUUCUAUGCUCAUCAUAUCUACAACGUGAUUUCCGAGCUGGAGUCCCUGGAUUCCCAGCGCGCCGCAGGCAACAAAACCCUCCUACGCACCUGUGCCAACCUGGGUCAGUCUAUGGCCAAGCAGGUGGAAGAGGCGAACUCGUCUUUCGCGGCGUGUGUUGAAAAAAUUGAUCCUGACAAGGUGAGCUCGUUUGCCGCCUACUCGGCAUACUUUUAUUCCGCAGUAACCGUAGCCUCAGUUCACCUGAUGCUUGGGGUAUUAAGCAACAUCAUGAGCUCUUCAGUUGCCAAGGCUCCUGCUUUGCUAUUUUUUUUUAAACCAAUUCUUACCUUUCUCGCAUCGGGAGUUGUCGUUAAAUGUGCAUUUUCACUGUUAUGCCAAGCCCGCGCCUACUCUCACCCACUCUUACGUAUUCUAGUGUUCUGCUCCACUACCCUAUUAAGCUGCAAGUUGUAG